UUAAUAAACAUUUUUGCAAUUAAUUUCAAAAUAAUAAAGAAAAAAACGAAAGUUAAAAGGAAAAAAAUAAAAAAUAAGAAAAUGAAAAAAAAGGAAAAGGAAAAGAAAAAAAAUAAAUAUAAAAUAUAAUUUAAAAAAGAUACUAAAAUUUUAAUAUUUUGCUACACACUAGUUUUGUGGUACAUAGACAAACAGACUAUAAAUCUAGCAAUGCAUACUGGUUCUACAGCAUUAUAUCGCACUAGUAAGAAUAGUUGCAGUGGCGUUCCGUUUGCUGCCUAUAAGUCGCCAUUGUUUCUUAAAACUUUGCUAUUUGCUUCCUCCAUCAUUUUCGCGUUUGUGAUGAUCAAUAUAAAAAGAAUGCAAGAAUUUUUUUUAUAUCGAGAAAAACGUCUUUGCUAUAUGACAACAAUGUUAAUAUUAUUGCUAUUAUAUCUAAGUGAUGUCCAUCUUGCAAAUGGCUCAUGCGAGUUUCCUAUUGCAUGGACUGGAGAAUGGUAUCAGUAUGGAAAACCAGUAUCAAUUACUGUAAAUGCAACAUUUUUGGGUGAAAGGAUGUGUGUAGAACGGUCAGAACAUUCUUAUAUUGUAUACGGUGAUAAUUGCUAUUAUUGUAUAAUUGUUAAUGAUCGACAUGAGAAUGUGAUUCAAUUUCGUGAAGGAUGGUGCAAUGCUGAACAAACCACUUUGGAUGAUAUGUGCUCAAAUACAAUUAAAUCCGAUGAUACUUUAUAUUCAAUGUUUCGUGUUAAUUCCAAACCAAUACCCUGCCCUUUCAGUGGACCAUCAUUUACAUUUACCUAUGAUAAAGGUUUUGGUGAAUGCGCAAUGCCUAUUAGUCUUGGAGAGAAAUGCACUGAUGAAAGUAAAUUGCUUCUUAAAUAUCAGGCUUGUCCAGACAUUGAACGAAGUGAAAGUAACACGGAAGAAUUACAAUGUCUUGCUGUAUGGAACGAUGGUCGUAAUAAAUAUCUUGUUGGAACGUUGAAAGGAAGAAGUAUAUCGGGUGCUGAAAAAACAUAUAGAUGUUUUCUGUAUGAAGAGAAAACACAUCAUCAGGGGAAAGUAGUUUAUUUACUUGCUCAAUCAGGUGAGCCAACUUGUAACGGCUUAACUACUGUUUCUGAAGGAUCACCAACUAUAAAACUUACAAAAGUUGAUAAAGAGCACAACAGAUGUAAAUAUCCUUCAUGGAUUACUGAACAUCAUGACUGGCGUUCUUUAGAUGGUACUAAAAUUUAUCAUUUCACAAAUAAAAAUGCAACACUUAAAAUUAAAAUACAAAAAGUUGAUGGAGAUAUGUUUCAUGAAGAAAAGAUAGUCUGUCAUAAUUUAGAAAAAUUAUAUCCGACAGAAAAUUCACAAGGAUAUAAAGUAAAGUUAAUCGCUCAUGUUACUAGUGGAUGUGAUAUUGGUUAUGUUUGUAUGAUAUUUCACAAAAGAGAUCAUCACAUUAUAGAAUUACAACAAUCAAAUCAAAAAGCUAUAAUGCCAGAUGAAGCAUGUUCUCUUAUAGAUACAUCUACAAUGCCAUAUACCACUUUAAUAAGUUCUUCAUUACGUCAAAGAAAAUGUCCUAAUCCUGGACGAUACAUUAUACUUGGACCAUUUGAUAUAUCUACUUCGUUUCGCCAACAACAUCAUAAUGAAAGACAUUCUAGAGUUAUUAAAAGAAGAACUUGGCAUGAAGAAUUACCUCAAAAAGAAUUACACGAACAAUAUCAACAAAUUCAUCAUCACCAUCAUCAUCAUCAUCAUCAUCAUCAACAACAACAACAACAACAACAACAACAACAAUAUGAAGGAGAACAACAUCAACAAAGAGGAGAUUGUAAGAGUACCAAUGUUCAAAUAGGUUGUGUUUCAUCAAAUCAGACAGAAAUUGUUAUUGGAAAAACAUGUGAUACUGAAGAAGCAACAUAUUAUUGUCAUGGCAGUUGGAAAGAAAAAGAUACUUGGUACACAAUAGUAUCAUUGAAAACCAAUCAAGCUUCUUUAAGUUUUGGACAAACUUUUUGUUUCUCUAUGCGAUUUAGUAAUAAUAUAGAAAAAACCAUGACUGCAAGAGCAAUAAAAACAAAACUCUCUGAACAACAACUUUGGUUAACUAAAUUAGAUCGGAUUUGUCGCAGAGAUCAAGUUGAAGAUGCACGAUCUUAUACACUUAUUAAUCAAGGCGUUUGUGAAGACGUGGAAAAAGCCUAUUCCAGUUUAGCAUCACUUUUUUCUAAUUCUAGAAUCUUAUAUAUCGCAGUUAUAGGAAAUUAUGUUGCAUACAUAUUUUUAUUAAGAUGAUAUGCCACUUCCACAUAAAUUGAUAUUUUUAAUGGAAUUUUUUUUUGUUUUAUUAUUAUAAUUUUUCUUCUUUUCUUAUUAUUAUUAAUAUUAUUAUUAUUAUAAUUAUAUUAUUAAUAUUAAUAUUAAUAUUAAUAUUAAUAUUAUUGUUAUUAUUAUUAUUAUUAUUAUUAUUAUUAUUAUUAUUAUUAUUAUUAUUAUUAUUAUUAUUAUUAUUAUUAUUAUUAUUAUUAUUAUUAAGCAUAUGGAUUUAACUAAACACAGAAAAUGAUCAACAAACUCCUAUUAUUUUUUAAUUUUAAUAAAAUCAUAAAUGAAUAAUUUAAUUUAAUUGAUUAAGCUUAACAAUUCGUGACAUAUCAGGUGUUAAUUUAUAAUUAUUAUUAAUAUUUUAAUUUUUAUGAUAUUCGAUCGUAAUUAAUAGCUUUUUUUACAUUUAAUUAUUUUAUUUCUUCUUUUAAGAAUAAAAGAAAAUUUUUGCAGUUUAGUAUAUAUGUAUGUAUGUAUGUUUGUAUGUUACACACACACACACACACACAUUACAUAUAUGAGAGAUCUUUGGGUUCUAAAUUUCAAAACGAUGAAAAAAGUUCAUAUAGAUAAAUGUCCGAUAAAGUUUAAUAAACAAAUUAUAAAUAUUUUAAAUUUGUAUUAAAAUAUAGUGAGAUGGCGAAAGAGUGAGAAUACUCAGCCUAAUGCAUGUUAGUAUCGUAUAGCGGAAUCUUUCAAUAAAAAUUAAUAAAUUGAUAUUCUUUUAUAUAUAAUUCUGAAUUUUCUAAAUUUCAGUAUAUGGUAAUAUUAUUAAAUACUUCUUAUUUACAAAGAUCUUUAUUCGUUCAUAUAAAUAAGAAAUAAAAAUAUAAAAAAAAAAAUUAAUGAAUUCGUAAUAUUCAUUCAUAAUAUAAAAAAACAAUUGCUAUAUGAAUAUAUUUUUUUAUAUGGAUAUGUGAUAUUUAAAUCGAUUACUUCUUUUUACACAAGAAAUAUUGAAUAUAAAUGAAAUAAAGAUGAAGAUUUGUCAAUAAUUUCAUUAAAUCAUGUUUAACAAUCUGAAAUUUAAAUCGAAAUAUUUUUAAUACUUCAAAUAUAUGUCAAAAAUAAUCAAAGAACAAUUAUGCGUAUAAAAAUAAUCAAUCUUUCUAAUUCGAAAUUUUAUGAAUAAGCUUUGAUUUACUUGUAUUUAAAUUUCGAUAGUAUAGAUUGAAUAUAAUACAAUGAUUUAUCUAUAAUUUUAAAAUAUCAUCACGUAAUGUCGAAUAUUGUGUGUAUGUGUAUCACAUAAUGUGGAAUUUGCUAUAAUUUUUCCGAAGUAAAUAACAAAUUACAUAAAUUUCGAUUUGUAUAAUUAAAAUUUUUUUUAAAACGAUAUAAAAAUGUUGCAUAGUUAAUUAUUAUAUAUUAUGAUAUUUACAUACAUUAUAUAUUGCAUUACAUUGAAAUUAAAAAAUAAUAAAAAAUUCAGAAUAAUUUAUAUAUAAAAAAAUAUCAAUGUAUUUACUUUCAUUAAAGGACUGUGUUAUGCAAAUGACAUUGCAGUACAGUAUUACUGUAUAUUACUGCACACUUAAUUGAGCAUUUCCAUUCUCUCUAAUAUAAAUUUAAAAUACUUAUAACUCGUUAUUUAAAUCUUUUCGAAUAUAUGUACAUAUGAACUUUUUGAUAUUUAGAAUCCAUCCUAGGUAUCCCACAUUUUUUUAAACACUAUACAAUUGUAUUCUUUCUUAUUUUAUUAUUAUAUUAAUCAAUUUUUAUUAUCGUACUUAUACUGAUUGCUAAUUGUUGAUAUAACUGAGGACUAAUUCUAUGUCAAAAAAUAAAUCGAAAUUAUAGAAUAAAAUUUUACGCUUGUUUUCUAAUUGUUGUUUAAAAAAUCAAUUUUAAAUAUUCAAAACAUAGUCAAAUGACAUGUAUUCGGCGAAUAUUUAAAAUGAGUUUUAUAUAAUAGAAAACAAAAUCUGAUAUAAAAAAAUUUCAUUCUCUAUUUUCGAUUUAUUUUUUUUAUGUAGAAUCAUAAAAAAUUUUUUUAAUUAUGACAUAGUUAUGCAGAACCAUAUAUAUGUUGAUUCCGAUAUAGAUAGGGAUGUACUUAGAUCUUAGAUUUUAGAUCUUAUGCCCGUCCGUUUUAUAUAAUGGUCGAGAUUUUGCCCGAGAAUAUCUAUUUACAUCCUAUAAAUCUAUCCUAUAAAUCUGUAUAUUUGCACUUGUAUUUUUUAUAUAAGUAUUGUAUAUGUUGAAAUCGAGCGAAAGAUUUGCUCAUAUAUUAAGAAACCACAGGUAUUAAUUUCUGUUUAAGGAUAAAAACAACGAUACCUCGAUCGUUUUUUUGUGAGACCGAAAUUUAAGAUUAAAGCAUAUAGUAUCAUAUUGUCAACUGACAAGAUAUUAUGCACCUGCUUUUUUGUAAAUAUAAGCAGGGUAUAAUGAAGUAAGACCAUGUUCGAUUCAUCAUGAACAAAAUUAAUGUAAUCCUAUCACUGCUAAUUUGAUUAAUUUAAUGCGUAACAAUUACAGUAAGAAAGAAAAUACCUUUUACCUCUUAACAUUUUGUAUAUAAUAAUUUAAACAUUGUAUAAAGACUUUUAAAAAAAGUAUGGAUUUUUCCACUUACAUAGUCAUUUAUCAUAGUUAAAUAUCGAAUGUUACUUUAAAAGAGAUUUUUUAUCAUGUUCAUUUAUAAAUCGAAAAGAAUAAUAAUAGAGGAAGAGUAACAGUCGAUUAAUGCAUUUCGAAAUAUGGAAAAUAAUGCAUAUGGUCUAAUGCGAUUAAAAUUCAUAAAAAUAUAAUUAAAAUAUAAACUGGAAUUACAUCGGCAAUCUAUGAUGCUCUUGUUUUUUUUUAUAUAUUGAUAACGUGUACGUAUUGUGCCUAAUCAAAAAUCAUUUUUCUUCGAUUAGUAACAGAUUUUCUUACAAUAAGAUUAUUUAUUAAUCUCAUUGUAUUUUCAACUAUUUGUUAUUGUUUAUAAAUGAAAAUAGAGUGUAAUUAUGCGGAAUUUAAGAAUAAACGCGUGUAAACAAAAAAGAAAAAUAUAUAUAUAUAUAUAUAUAUACAUACGAUAUGCACGCAUUUAUAUAUACUCUCAGAUACAUAUAUACGUAUACACAACAUGCAUAUAAUAUAUUAUUAUAUAAUAUAUAUUAUAUUAUAUUAUAUAAUAAUAUAUACUAAUUAUAUUUACAAUAUAUUAUAUUAUAUUAUAAACAAUUGAGACUGUUCUGAAAUUCGUAUAAUAUUCAAGUACGAUAAUGUGCUGGUUCUAAUCCGUAAGAUAGACAAAUUUUUAAGAUAAAUUCUUAUUUUUAUACGCAUAAAAGUAUCGUUCCAAACUCGAUCCUUAUUCUUCGCCAUAUAUUUAUAUUUACUUUUUUAUUUGAUUUAUUUUACCUUAUUUAUUUAUUUUUUUAAUGAACUCAAAAUUUAUUUGUAUUUCACUAAGUUCCUGAUAUGUUACGUACUCAUUUUAUAGAAAUUAAGCACUUUAUCGUGCAUUUUAUUAAUCUUAAUUUGAUCUAUUUUAUAAAACAAUUUAACAUAUUUUCAUAAUUAUUAAUGAUCAUACCUUUUUUUAUAUAUACAUGAAUAAAAUAAAUGAAAGAAAAUUAUUGUUGUUGUUGUGGAAUGAGUAUUGAUAAAUCACGUAAAAAUUAGUAAAAUUAAUAUUAAUCAAGUUAGAAUUUAAAUAUUAUAAAUUUAAUGUACAUGAAAUUUUUAUACUUUCUAUGUAAAUAAAAUUCAACGUAAGUAUAGAGAAAAAUACUCAUGAUUCAAAUAAUAAUUUUUUAGAAAAAAUUAUUAAUGUAUAUUAUACUUACGUAUGUAAUUUUGUUACAUUUUUUAUAUUGAUUGUAUGUAUCUAUUAAUUUGAAUAUAAAAUUAAAAAAAACAAUAAUAUGUAUACUUAAAGAUAAGUAAUAUGAUACUUAAGAUAUUUAAGAACCAUGAUUUUUUUAUUUAUUAAAAUAAUAUCACCGCAACAACGACGAUGGUGAUGAUAAGAAUAAUGACAGCGAAAAUAAAAUUGAAGAUGAAAGCAAGAAGCAUAUAAGAUUUUAACUUUUAAAAACUUAGGUAUUAUUUAUGUUACAAAUGUUAAAAUAAGCGAAUGUAUUCUAUUGAAAAUGGAUCGAUUAUAUAAUAAGUAUUAUAAUAAAAGAUAAAUACAAUUGUGACAGUAUAUUAGACAAUAUAUAUUGUUUAAUAUGUAUAUACAAUUGCUUUUUUUUUUAAAUAAAAAAUCGAUGAAAAUACGAAAAAAAAUUAUUGCGAAAUAAUAUAAUGUAUUUCGAUUGUAAGAAUAAGUAAAAAAAGAUAGAGAUGAUUUAUGAUUUAAUGAUCUACAAUAUCGUCACUUUUGCUUUGUAAAGAUUUCUGAUCAAUAUUCUAUAACUAUAUGUAAUAUUUAUUAUUAUAUUUUGAAUAUGAGAAAAUAUACGUCUAUUAUACUAUCUAUAAAGAGA